AUGGCGCGAUCUGAAAGCACGUUCCGGACUGCGGGAGAGUCGUUGGUCGGGCGGUCAAACUGGACCGCUAUUGCGGCGGGGCGCGGCUCGGCAGCGGCGCAGGUCGUGUGCGCGCGCGGUCGGUUGGUGCCGGGAGUGCUCUCAGUGGCCGCACGAAGAGUGGCCGUGCGCGGCGCCCACCUUGCACGAGUUGCACGCAUCUCGGUUGAUCCCCGCGUCGUAAAGUGCCAACGAAAGUGGGAGCCCUUUUUUGAGUUCUACCAAGUGCAAGCACCCAACAGCAGCUGCGACUCGGAGUACCCCCCUCCCGUGAUAACAGUCGCGCACCCAUCUCGUAUGGCCGCCUCGGGGAUAGUCUUUUGGGCUUUGUUCACCUUAGCUUACAUAAGUCUCGUCAUAGGAGGCUCUGCCUUGGUUGGAUACUUCCUUGUUUUGACGGUGUACGUCUCUCUUAUCGCGGGGUUGUUCAUCUAUUGUAUUCUCCAACUUCUUCUUGAGUGGAUUAAAUUCAAGCUCUGGCCAAAAGCUAGGGUGCCCGUGGAAUCAAGCACCCAAAAACUGACAAAUAUAGAGACUGGGUCCGCAAAAUCCGCUACUGGGUCUCGAGAAGAACACGAUCAGAGCGUGACCAUAAACGGAGUAGAUUUUCGAGUAUGGUUGGCCGAACGCGUACAAAAGAUCCUCUAUCCGGUGGCGCCAUACUUGUUCCUCGUUAUUCUCUUCCUGGCACCUUUCGUAGCUUACCGUGCGGCGAAAGACCUUCUGACCAAAGCGACCAAAGUCGAAGACUUGGGACCGGUGCCUCUUCCCGACCCCUCUCACGGGCUGAAUCAAUACCUGGAAGAAAAGACCGCAGGCAUCCAACUGGAGCUCUGCGAAAGGAUGAGCUAUAACUUUUACGUGGGUGUUCCUGGCGGCUGUGCUUGGCGUCCGGAUCCGUACAGCUGGCAACGGGUCGCUUUGAAGGAGCUACAGGUGUCUACUAAAGAUCCGACGGAGUCAAAUAGCGUGGGCUACACUUUGGCUAGCAUGGCAAUGACCGGGCUAAUGCUCGUGAUGCUUGUUUUGCUGGCUUGCGCAGGCAAACUGAGCGGUUCGGAAGCUGAUCUAUCAGUAGCUGUGUAG